CGAGUGCUCCGUGCCGCGCCAGGCUUGCCGGGGUCCGCGGCGAGACAUGCCCGAGCCAGGCGCUGCACCGACCUCGACUUAUCUGUAAGCAGCGGAAGGAACCAUGGUCAGUAAGGAAACCAGCAAAUGCAUACUCACAACGCCUGAGACUGAAGUGGAGCCGGCUGCCUGCCUGGCCCUGGAGAUGAAAUAUGCCCUGGAUCCCAAUCGGCAAAUUAAAAAGCGUAACAAAGCCCUGCAAGUGCGGUUUAAGGAUAUCUGCGAAGCCCAGAAUGAGCAGAGGGACACACACCUUUCCUCGGGACAGCUGGGCGACAAGCGAGAGGCCAAGCCCGUGUCCUGCAGAGCAGCUUAUCGAAAAUACAUGACAGUGCCUGCACGGCGCUCCAUCCCCAAUGUCACCAAGAGCACAGGUGUGCAGACCUCACCGGACCUUAGGAAGUGCUAUCAGACAUUCCCUCUGGACCGAAAAAAAGGGAAUCUCAAAGGCAUCCCAGCUGCAGAUCCCUUCAAAAGCCAAAACAAUGGGUUCCUAACAGAUGUGAAAGAGAAGAGUCAGGCAGGACCCAUGGAGGAAGUUCGAACAUGUGGCGCAGGGCGGAUACACAAGACAACAGCCUUGGUUUUCCAUUCCAACGAGCACAUCAACGCCAUGGACCUGCUCCCUGGGGUUAACUGUGCAGAGCCCUGCAAAGACCCCGAUGUGCUCAGGCACCCAGAGGCUCUACUGCAGAACUCCUCUCGGCCUCCCUCAGAAGAGGCUGUAUACCAGCUUCAGGGGAGAGCAAAGUCCGAAGGGGGCACCCCGGACUCAGAGGAGCCUGCUACACUGGCCCACGGGAGGGUGUUUAAAACAGAGGUGGCCACCGUAUACACGCCUGCCAUCAAUGCCAGGACCCUGGACCCUGGCCUGUCAGACUCGGCCGCGGCCAGCCAGUGGUCCCUCUGCCCUGCAGAUGAGGAGCACAGGAGAGCCACACAUCUCAAUGGGCCGCAGCCAACCCCCAGCUCUGCACUGGCCUGCUCGCCCCCAGUGCAGUGCCAGUCCCCCGAAAGUAGGGAACAGCCCUUGCAGAUUCAGCCCAGUGCCGCAGCCACACCUGCAGGUGAAGAAUGCCAACAAAUCGUGCCUCACACAGAAGUGGUGGACCUCAAGGCACAGCUUCAGAUGAUGGAGAACUUGAUCAGUUCAAGUCAGGAGACCAUCAAAGUGCUCUUGGGGGUCAUUCAGGAGCUGGAGAAAGGAGAAGCCCACCGAGAAGGGCUUUCAUAUCGGACGGGGCAAGACACAGCUAAUUGUGACACAUGCAGGAACAGUGCAUGUAUUAUCUAUAGUGUGGAGCUGGAUUUUAAGCAACAAGAAGACAAACUCCAGCCCAUACUGAGGAAACUGCAUCCCAUUGAGGAAACUCAGGUCGCACCUUCGCCUUACACUCAGGAGACUUCCUCCUCAACGCCCAAGCAAAAAUCUAAAACUGAGUCUAAAAAGCACGGAAGAUGGAAACUCUGGUUCCUUUAAAACUCUUGAUGUGUGGAGUCUCGAGGCCGUCUUUAAAACACACUGGAGUUAAGUCAAUCCUGUUCCAAAGAGGAACUGGAUCCAGGGAACUGCGGUGCCAAUACACGCACUCCCUGCUUCUCGCCCUGCGUACCAAAAAGGCCUUUUGUAUCAACAGAUCAUUAACAGAGCAAGGGAAUAAAUGUUACACCUUGCCAGCUGUUCUUUGCAGUUCACUGAUGUGGGAUGUAAAAUCUGAAAUGAAACUUAAUGUAGUCAAAGAUGAUAAGUAAAAUUCUAUCCCCUUCCCUCCCAGAUCUACAAGUAUUACGUUUCCAACCUGCAAAAUGCCAGGCUGUCACUCUGUACACAGCUAAAACUCAUAGUUAUUUCCAAGCCUUUAUUUUUUUUAAAAUAACAAGAAGAAAACGCAAGCCUUAUGUUUGCAAAGGACUUCAUUUUUAUGUUUCAUUUUGCAAAUAAGCAGGGGGUGAGUGCGAUUUUCAGCACAUCAAAUUCCGGAGAAAGCACAAUUUUUUUCAAGUGGUCAGAGACCAUGAAUAAUCUUUAAAAUGUGACUCUAUGUAUAUUUGCCUUCAUGUGCUGUAGCGCUAAACCAAGUGAACACGUCUCAGUGUCACAUUGACACCUCAAAUUUAGCAUCCUCUUCAUCUCCAGACCUUCAACAUGUUUACUCCUCAUCUUCCAAAUAGCCACCAGCCAGGAGUCCCCCAAAGUCAAAACAUGCCUUUAAUCACUGCAAGUUGACAGGGUCAGAGCUAUUGGACAUUAAGCUUUCUUAGAUCUCGUUUUUAAUCUUUUGGUACCCAAAGGCCAAAUGAUAGAUUCUGGCAAGAAUUUGAAAAAUGUAGAGAUACACAGUGGAUAAUUCACUCACCAAUAAAUCACAAGCUCCUGCACCAUGACAGAAAGUGUUUCUGCGGAUCAAUCCUUGACAUUGUUCGCCCUAUAAACGCAGCCAAACAUUUUAUAUAAUUCAUUAUGCUUUGUAACAACUGUGCAAGAUAUGACCAUCUCAAAAAGAAACUGUGUUUUGUUUAGCUGCUACCAAUGGACAAACUUAAUGUCACCAACAUUUAACCUAUUAGUAAGUUGUACUCAACGACAUACUUAGGGGAAAGCUGUGAAUCAAGUGUUUUUAGGUAUUUUUAAAAUCCACAGUAACACUUGGAAAUCUCUCUUGAUUGCGCAUUGCAAUGUAAAUCUUAGUUCCUUUAUUUUUUCACUCAUUCCUUUGCACCUUUGCAGUAUCUUUUUAUAGAAAUCAAAAUCCCCUAGACUAUUAAUGACUUUGUCUAUCAAUUUUUUGCUUUUCACAAUAGGAAGGAGGGAUCUUCUUUUGCCUUUUUUUGUACAAUUUAAAUUUUGAAUAGUUUGUGAACAUACCAGAAAACCUAGCCUUCAAAUUUCUGUCCAGCCGUUUCAUAACUGACUGUGCGCAGAAAGGCACACUUUGCUGAACAGAUGCCAAACACAAGGUGUCUCGCCUUGGUAAUAGGAUCUCAGCCUGCUUUUCUCAGAUUAGAGCUACUUCUUGCAGUCCAUUUUCCUUUCAGAUCAAUAGCAGUUUUAGUUUAGCACGAAAGGUUUAGGUUCUACAGGAACCUGGCGAACUGCAAUCCAACCAGGACUUGAAAAAUAAACAGUACACCAUAUACAUAUUCUUUGGAGGUUACUUAAACAAUACUACGGAGAGGUUUCUCAUUUACAACACAUGCAUACCCAUUUUGUGGAAAUAUGAAGUAAUCAAAUCCCUGGAGAGCAGUAAAUAGAACUGAGAAAUGAUGUUGUGCAAGAAGAGUAACGAGCAAGUUGAUCCUGUACCAUGAGGGAAGUGCAAUUGUUUCACGUAGAUGAAAAAAAAAUUUAAAAAUGUGUUUCAUGUUUUUUAUACUGUUUUUAACUAAAGUUAUAAAAAUGUUUGCAACAAGUUAUCUCUCCUAUGUUUUAAGAAUCCCAACCAUCUGAGUGCACUGAAAAAGGGUAUUAGCAGCUUCUAACUAGUGCUACACAUCUGUCCCAACGCAAGGACACUGUAAUACAGGACAUCAUAAUACAGAAGGUGUCACCAUUUCAAAUCAGUCUAGACCAAAAAGUAAAAAGAUCUGUAUUUCCGAAUUUAAAAAGGAACCUGAAGAUAACCUAAUUCAACCCUAAAAAUAGAAAGUAAUAUCCAGAACAGAAAACAGUAUUUUCGGAAUCAUUUCAUGGUUUAAUUGCAAUGUAUGACUGAAAGAUGGUGAUCCUUCUCUUGGAAAGAUUGAAGUACAAACUUUGAUACAAAACCAAGGUGGAGCAUACAGUGUCCCUUCACAUGUAGAUGUACACCUGGCAUUACUUAUAGAAAUUAAAUUAUACUCGUCAUUAAGUUCUUUAUUAAUUUUU